UUUCCACAGAGAGCUGACUGAUAUUUGAAGAAGUGUUUUCAUUAAUCCAAGAAAAAUAUGAUGUAUCCAUCCCGAGUCUCACUUUUGUUCUUAAAUAUAUGUAUUUUUGUUUGUGGAGAAGCUGAGCAAGGCAACUAUGUGCAUCAUUCUACGGAUUCUUCAGUAGUUAACACUGUAGAAGAUAUAUCUAAUGCAAAAGAUCAAAGUAAAAGUAAUGACACUAUUUAUAAAGAAGACUGUGAGGAUUCAUGUGAUGUUAUUACUAAAAUUACAAGAGAAGAAAAACACUUCAUGUGUAGAAAUUUGCAAAAUUCCAUUGUUUCCUACACACGAAGUACCAAAAAAUUAUUAAGAAAUAUGAUGGAUGAACAGCAAGCAUCUUUGGAUUAUUUAUCUAAUCAGGUUAAUGAGCUCAUGAAUCGAGUUCUCCUUUUGACCACAGAGGUUUUCAGAAAACAGCUGGAUCCUUUUCCUCACAGACCAGUUCAAUCGCAUGGUUUAGAUUGCAGUGACAUUAAAGAUACCAUUGGCUCUGUCACCAGAACACCAAGUGGUUUAUAUAUAAUCUACCCAGAAGGAUCUAGUUACCCAUUUGAGGUCAUGUGUGAUAUGGAUUUCAGAGGAGGUGGAUGGACUGUGAUACAGAAAAGGAUUGAUGGAGUAAUUGAUUUCCAAAGGUUGUGGUGUGACUAUCUGGAUGGAUUUGGCGACCUUUUAGGAGAAUUUUGGCUAGGACUAAGAAAGAUUUUUUAUAUAGUAAAUCAGAAAAAUACCAGCUUUAUGCUGCAUGUGGCCUUGGAAUCUGAAGAUGACACCUUCGCUUAUGCAUCGUAUGAUAAUUUUUGGUUAGAAGAUGAAACAAGAUUUUUUAAAAUGCACAUAGGACGGUAUUCAGGAAAUGCUGGUGAUGCAUUCCGGGGCCUCAGAAAAGAAGAUAAUCAAAAUGCAAUGCCUUUCAGCACAUCUGAUGUUGACAAUGAUGGGUGUCGCCCGGCAUGCCUGGUUGAUGGUCAGUCUGUGAAAAGCUGCAGUCGCCUCAAUAACAGCACUGGCUGGUGGUUCAACCAGUGCGGCUUGGCAAAUCUAAAUGGCAUUCAUUCUUUCCCGGGAAAAUUGCUUGCAACUGGAAUCCAGUGGGGCACGUGGAUCAGAAACAACUUACCUGUCAAGAUUAAAUCUGUUUCAAUGAAAAUUAGAAGAACAUACAACCCAUAUUUUAAGUAAUCUCGUAAAUUGUAAGGCAAGUUCCACAAUUAUUUUUGAUGCUGUGUUCAUAAUUUUAUGGAGCCUCUCUUUUUCCUUAGUUUUAAAUACAUUAUAAUAUUUAUAGAUGGUAUUUAAGUGCUAUGAGGUUAAUUGGAGAACUUCAAUUUUGUAGCAUUUUCUAAGAGAAAUCAAGGCUUAUUGUAUGUUUUCACUACCAAUUAUGUUAACUAAGUAUAAUCAAGUUUGUUUUAAGUGAAUUACAACUUGUCUUCCUGAAAUUUAUAGUGAUUUUAUACGAUUUUACCUUUUCUUGGAAAUUAGAAAGCAUAAUAAGCUGUUAAGGAA